AUGGAUAAUAAUAUUCUAAAUCAUAUUGAUAACAAUGGAAAUGGCAAAAUUAAAAUCGGAUACGACUACGGUCGGAAUUCGAAUUCCGAUGAUGAAGAAGAUGAUCAAAGCGUGCCGAUUGGUCUUGAUGAUAUAAUUUCUUCACAACAAGAAAUUGAUUAUGAUAUAGGCGAGAGUUCAGAAGGAAUAAAGUUUUUUACCCCAAAGGUUGAUGACGCGCUUAAGCCAAAGACCAACGCACAAUAUGCAUCAAUAAAUGAGGUUGAAAAGAUGUACAGGGCUUACACGGACAAUGCCGGCUUUGAUGUUCGUAUUCAUGCAAAAAAUACAAACAAGCACGGCGACAUUCAAACUAGGUGGCAUGCAAUGAUUUUCGUUCCUUUCUUGGCUGUUGACAAUCAUAAGGCGUCCGUUGUUGUCGGAUCUGCUCUUAUAAGUGGCGAGACAAUUGAUAACUUUUCAUGGGUUCUAAAGGAUUUUCUAAGAUGUCAUGAUAAGCAACCAUUGUUCGUGAUUACAGACCAAUGUUUGGCAAUGAAGCAGGCUAUUCCGAUGGUUUUCAUGGAAGCCAAACAUAGACUAUGUAUGUGGCACAUUAUGAAGAAGGUGCCUUCAAAGGUUAGUGCCGCACUAAAUCACGAUCCUAACUUCAAUAAAGUUAUCAACAAGCUCGUAUGGAAUAUACAUAUUAGCCCAACGGAGUUCGAGAAUCGUUGGCAUGAGAUGAUAGAUCAAUACAAUCUAGGUAGGGAUACUUGGUUCACAGAGAUGUAUGAAAUUCGACACUCAUGGAUUACUGCCUAUUAUAAGGACAUGCCGAUGUCUGGACUAAUGAAAACAUCAUCAAGAUCUGAGAGUUCGAAUUCGUAUAUUAACAUAUACGAAUCGUACUGGUUUGAUUUGGUUCAAUUCCUUAAUAAUUAUGACGUAACUAUAGAGAAACAAAUAUACAGACAAUCUAUUCACGAAACUGUCAUGAGAACGACUAAUCCAAAGUUUGUUACUCCGUUGCGUUUAGAAAGUCAUGCAUCAAGCAUAUACAGUCGAAACGUGUUUUUUGACAUCCAAAAGGAAAUAAAGAAGGAUGUUUGGUUUUGUGCUAUUGAGACCGUCGAAUGCCGGGAUGAUUUAAAGUCAUUCGUGAUAAGCCACAAGACCAAGAAAUCAUCUGACAACAUUACGUAUCUGGUGUGCCGUAAUUACUCAACAAACACAGUCGAAUGCGAUUGCAACCUAUUUACGCAUAACGGGUAUCUUUGUCGUCACGCGUUUAAGGUACUGAUAAACGACGAAGUUGAAUGCAUUCCGGAAAAAUACGUAUUACAUCGUUGGAAACGACAGUUAGUUUCAGUACAGAUACAAUCCACAAGAGUUCGUUAUGGGGAGGUUGAUGCUGAAAAAGAUAAGUGUAUAAUUGAUGUAUAUUCCAAGGUCGACGACAUAGUAAGCAUCGCCCACAAUGAUAAAUCUAUAUUGGCUAGAUUGAGGCGUAACCUCGACAAAUUCAUGGGUGAUAUAGAGAAGGAAGUUCCAUACGAAGACCCAUCCCAUCAAAAGUUGGAUGCGAUUAGAGAUCAUCUAGGUGUUUCCAUACCUGAUGAGGUGGACAUUCUACCACCAUCUGGAAUAAGGAACAAGAGUUGUGGCACUGGCAAGAGGCUGGUAAGUGUAUCCGAGAAAAUACAAAAUAACAGCAAAAAAGCAAAACGAAAAUGUGCAACGUGUGGACAACGUAGUGGCCACGACUCACGUAAUUGCUCAGAAUUGAUAGAUUAA